CACUGCGGACGUGUACAACAUUUCCCGACAUCGUUCGAUCGCCCUCUGCCGCCUGUGGAAACUUCGUGCACCGAUCGCAUUUUAUCAGCGAUCUUUUCGUUCCAUCGCAAGUGUUGGGAAGCAGGAACGUUUCACCAUCUCUGUGUUUCACCUGUUAGUUUUAUCUGCGUGGUACAGUAAAGUUGCAUCAGAAUGGCUUCCACACUAACGCCGGAGGAGAAGGAGCAUCUCAUCACCCGCAACCUGCAGGAGGUGCUGGGUCAGGAUAAUCUUCGCGCGGUCCUGAAGGAGCGCGAUCUUAAGAUAUACUGGGGUACGGCCACGACUGGCAAACCACACAUCGCUUACUUUGUCCCCAUGUCCAAGGUGGCCGACUUUUUGAAAGCCGGUUGUGAGGUAACGAUCCUGUUUGCAGAUCUGCACGCCUAUCUGGACAACAUGAAGGCGCCGUGGUCGCUGCUCAAGGAACGUACCAAGUACUACGAGGCGGUUAUCAAGGCGAUGCUUACCUCGCUCGGAGUGCCGCUGGACAAGCUGAAGUUCGUGUGCGGCACGGACUAUCAGCUGUCGAAGGAGUACACGCUGGAUGUGUACCGGUUGUCCUCGGUCGUGACGCAGCACGACGCCAAGAAGGCGGGAGCGGAGGUGGUGAAGCAGGUGGAGCAUCCGCUGAUGUCGGGCAUCCUGUACCCGGGCCUGCAGGCGCUGGACGAGGAGUAUCUGAAGGUGGACGCCCAGUUCGGUGGGGUGGAUCAGCGUAAAAUUUUCACCUUCGCCGAGAAAUACCUGCCGCAGCUGGGUUACGCCAAGCGUAUUCAUCUUAUGAAUCCGAUGAUCCCGGGACUGGCCGGCGGCAAGAUGUCGUCCAGUGAGGAGGACUCAAAAAUCGACCUGCUCGACAGUGCGGCAAAGGUGAAGAGCAAGAUCAAGAAAGCGUUCUGUGAGCCGGGCAACAUUGAGGACAAUGGGCUGCUAAAGUUCGUGAAGCACGUCGUGUAUCCGAUGUUCAAGGAGGGCGAAGCUUUCACGGUCCACCGCAAACCAGACUUUGGUGGCGAUCUCGUAUUUGCCGAGUACGAACAGCUGGAAGCUUGCUUUGCCGCCCAGGAGCUGCACCCGGGUGACUUGAAGGCAGCCGUCGAAGUGUACAUCAACCGGCUGCUGGAACCGAUCCGCAAGUCGUUCGACACGGAUUACUACCGCGAGCUGACCGAGCGCGCCUAUCCGGCACCGGUGAAGGUGCAGACAGGAAAGCAGGCCGGUGGUGGAAAAGCGCAACCAGCAGCAGCAGCAGGCACAAAUGCUGCUGCGGCGGUCGGUGAAAAUACGCCCGACAAGCUGGAGCUGAAGGUCGGCCAGAUCCUGGACGCUGUGAAGCAUCCGGACGCCGACAGUCUCUGCGUGCUGACGGUGGACAUUGGUGGCGGCGAGCGGAAGGCGAUCGUGAGCAAUUUGAUGGCUCACUACACGCUAGAGCAGCUGCGCGACCGGUUUGUGGUGGUGCUGACCAACAUGAAGGCAUCGAAAAUUCGCGGCGUUGAGAGCGAAGGCUUGGUGCUGUAUGCGGCAGGAGCAGAAAAGUGUGAAGCUUUGGCCGUACCGGAGGGUUCGAAGGUGGGUGAACGCAUAAUUGUGGAAGGGUUCGACAAUACGGGCAACCCCGUCCCGGCACUGAACCCGAAGAAGAAGGUGUGGGACAAGAUUCAGGCGGAACUGCACACCGGCACGGACGGACAGGCCCUGUGGAAAGAGUUUUCGCUGAUGACGCUGAACGGGGAUCGGGUAACGAGCACGCUGGCAGGAUGUAGCAUCAAGUAGACCCGUGGCUAAUAAGGAGAGAAGGGACCUCUGUGUUUACGAUGGCAUUUCGCGUCCGCUGUUGCGAUUUGAGAGUCUUAUUUUUUGGUGAACAUUUUGUUGCAACAUAAUCUCCGUUUGGAUGAUUAAAAACGCAUGUUUUUACACUCAUUU